AAAUAGACGAACCGAAGACAAUUUCCGAGUGCCUUUCCGUUGAAUGCUUCUGCACCCGAUCCAUCCGCCCCGUUAUGUAAACAAAACCAAUCGCUUCUUCGCCCCCAACCCCCAUCGCCUCUCGGUUUCUUCUAACUCUCUUCCCAGGUCUCUAGGGUUUCAGAUCUACGAUUCCCAACCUGUAGUGCAUCAGGGAAUUAUGAAUGCAAAAUAGAAGCUCUAUGAACACUCGCCGUUUCUGUUAUGGGCGAGAAAUUCAGGUUGGAGUGAUUUCUUGACUGCUAAUAAUGGGAGGAGGAUUUAGAGUGCUGCAUCUGGUCAGACCAUUUCUUUCUUUUCUGCCAGAAGUUCAAAGUGCCGAUCGGAAAGUGCCCUUCAGAGAGAAGGUCAUAUACACCGUUAUCUCUCUUUUCAUCUUUUUGGUGUGCAGUCAGCUCCCUCUGUAUGGCAUACACUCUACAACGGGUGCAGAUCCUUUCUACUGGAUGCGUGUUAUCCUGGCCUCAAACCGUGGGACUGUCAUGGAACUGGGAAUCACCCCCAUCGUGACAUCUGGGCUGGUGAUGCAACUCUUGGCCGGGUCAAAGAUCAUUGAAGUGGACAACAGUGUGCGCGAGGAUCGUGCACUCUUAAACGGUGCACAGAAGUUGUUGGGAAUCCUCAUUGCUGUUGGUGAGGCUGUUGCAUAUGUUCUGUCUGGGAUGUACGGCAGUGUCAACCAACUUGGUGUUGGAAAUGCUAUUCUCAUUAUUAUCCAACUUUGCUUUGCUGGUAUAAUCGUGAUAUGCUUAGAUGAACUUCUCCAGAAGGGAUAUGGUCUAGGCUCUGGGAUUUCCUUGUUCAUCGCUACCAAUAUCUGUGAGAGCAUUAUCUGGAAAGCAUUUAGCCCCACAACUAUCAACAGUGGCCGUGGAGCUGAAUUUGAAGGUGCUGUUAUUGCUUUGUUCCAUCUACUGAUAACUAGGACUGACAAGGUUCGUGCUCUACGGGAGGCUUUCUACCGGCAGAAUCUUCCAAACGUGACAAAUCUGCUUGCUACGGUGUUGGUCUUCCUCAUUGUCAUCUAUUUUCAAGGUUUUCGCGUGGUUCUGCCCGUGAGAUCAAAAAAUGCCCGUGGACAGGCGGGUUCUUACCCAAUUAAGCUAUUCUACACCUCCAACAUGCCCAUUAUUCUUCAGUCUGCUCUUGUGUCCAACCUUUACUUCAUCUCCCAGUUGCUGUACAGGAGGUACAGUGGAAAUUUCCUUGUGAAUUUGUUGGGGAAGUGGAAGGAGUCUGAAUAUUCAGGUCAGUCUGUCCCAGUUGGUGGUCUUGCUUACUACGUCACUGCACCAUCAAGCUUGGCAGAUAUGGCAGCCAAUCCCUUCCAUGCUCUUUUCUAUAUAGUGUUUAUGCUGUCUGCCUGUGCACUGUUCUCAAAAACUUGGAUUGAAGUAUCUGGAUCUUCUGCUCGAGAUGUGGCCAAACAGCUUAAGGAGCAACAAAUGGUGAUGCCUGGACAUCGGGACUCAAAUUUACAGAAGGAACUGAAUCGAUACAUACCAACUGCAGCUGCCUUUGGGGGUAUGUGCAUUGGUGCAUUGACGGUGUUGGCUGAUUUCAUGGGAGCAAUUGGCUCAGGAACUGGAAUUCUGCUUGCUGUUACUAUCAUAUAUCAGUACUUCGAGACAUUUGAGAAAGAGAAAGCCAGUGAACUAGGUUUCUUUGGCUUUUAGGGCUCUAGUCGUCUAAUUUUGGAGUAUGAGUAGCAGUGGCUUUUUUAACAUGCUUCAUCGAAAUCUUGCUGAGUUGAAAAAAUAUAUCUAGUUCGCCCUGGUUAGCAACCUCAUAGGAUAAGAGAGUGGGGUCAUGAUGUAGAAUGGUUAGUGUCUUUAGUGACAUCAUCGCAUUUGUAGUGUUUUUGCAUUUUGUGUAACUUGAAAGUUGAAACACAAUGGUGCAGAUGCAGAAUUCAGAAAAUAUUUUCUUUUCAUUUAAA